AUGAUUUAUGGCAGAUGUGCUGCUUGCAAGAAUCAAAGAAGAAAAUGUCCUUCUAAUUGCAUUUUCUCUCCUUAUUUCCCUCCCAAUGAUCCUCAAAGAUUUGCUUAUGUUCACAAAAUCUAUGGUGGUAGCAAUGUUGGAAAAAUGCUUAAGCAAUUGCCAUAUUAUGUAAGAGAAGAUGCUGCAAAUAGUUUGUAUUUAGAAGCAAAAAGUAGGAUUCAAGAUCCUGUUUAUGGAUGUGUUGGAAUUAUCUCUAAAUUGUAUCAACAAAUCCAUGAUACACAAGUUGAGUUGGCCAAAGUUCAAACUCAAACUCAGAUUGCUUUUGAUAAGCUUCAAAAACAAUUUCAAGAUGAAUCAAACAACAACAAUGUCUUGUCUACAGUUGAUGCUGAAUCAAAUUUGAAGCGUUUGAUGCCGAGUAACUACAUGGGACAGUUUCAAUGGCCAAAUCAAACUCGUAAUUGGUUCAAUUAA